CCUCGCAUACACCAGUGAGUUGCCUGGUGGAUGAAAAGUUGUCUGUGCCGUCAGCCACCACAGUCGUGUAUCAACCGACAGAGAUGAUGAACGCCGUCGCCAAAGGCAGGACUGUCCCGGGGAAGCGCCAGUCGGAGACGGGAAGAGCUGCCGGCGAGGCGCAGGGGCCGUGGGGCUGAUCUGACGGGAACAUCUGGCGAGGCGGGCAGGGUAGCUCUCCGUCGGACAUCUGGUGGUGAGGGUUUUUACUCCGCGUCGCUCUCAUCCUGACGCCGCUUCCUGUUAUGCCUCGCUGUGCCUCAACGUCUUCGUGCAGGGCCAUCCGUGCAGGAGGAGUCAACCUGAUUCAUUUAUUCUGACAUGAAGGGAGCGCUUGGGUUGAUUGUGGUGUUCGUCUCCUUUCUCUCUGAUGCCACCUUUGGAGACACCCACUCACCAAGCGACUGUGGAAAAAGCAACGUCAGUUGUAUGGACUUCGACUUUUUCUGCCAUGCUCUCUACCCGGGAGCCACGAUGGACUGCCUGUUCGAGCUCCUGAGCCAAAUGUGCCUAUGCAACUUCAACCUGGCCAUGGCGGCCAUGAACGCCACCGACUGGUGCGCUUGGGGCAGCGUCAGCGGGUUGUACAGCAACUUAAGCCUCUGUACCGAGAACAUCUCCGACUGCCUGGGCAUCCCGUGGCCCAGCCCUCUGGUGGAGCAGACGUUUGUGGACAUCCACCACAGGUUCUUCAAGGACUGCCCCAUGGAGGAGCUCAGCGACCCGCCGCCGCCCAUCAUCUUCGCCCUGGUGAUCACGCCCAUCCUCUUGAUCCCCGUCAUGGUUAGUCUGGUGGUCCUAAAGACCAAGAACGGAGACGGGAGCUCCUGAUCUCCUCACUGUGAGCGAGGGCCAAAGAUUGGGGUUUUAUUUUUUUUAGAGACGAGCCGCGAUCGUGAGAACGUCACGGGAGAUUUCCAAGACCGUGGGUGCAUUUCAACUCAAAAUUACUUGGGACUUUUUGCUCCUUGUAGCGUUAUUCAAGGAACAAAAAGAUUUCAAUGGCCUGUUGUUAUUUCCAUAAGCAGUUGAGUUUAUUUGUCACACGAAGGACAAUUUGCCAGUUCUUCCUAGGUUUUUGUAUCCAUGACUUUGUUUUUUUUUUUUU